CUUGUCAAAAUUCCUUUACAAAGUUCGCAAUGCCGUCGUGUCGUAUCCUACUGCACCUAUCGCUAGUACAAGCAGUGAUUCAAUCGCAUCUAUGGAUUCACCCAGAGUAAAUGACACAAUCUCUUUAGUUUUCUUAUGCGGGGCACUAUCACUAGUUAUUUAUGGUCUUAUGUUUGAAUAUACGGAUAGAACUCGAUUGUUGUGGGAGAAAGCAGUAGUUCAACAAGGACGACACAACAGCAACAGCCGUUCCAACGAAACACAGUUAGCUUUGAAGAAACCCGAGAAAUCAACAGAUAUAACUAUAAUAAUAAUAACGGAUACGACACACCCACAAUCGCCAUGUCGGCACGCGCUUCGAUCGAUGAAUCGGACCAAGACGGUGGUGUGCUGACAAAAACACCAUCCAACGACAGCGAUAACCAAUCUGUGAUUACCAACUUUUCAGUAUCCAAUUACCACUCGCUGAACCGUGUCAUCGCGCAACUGCGAGGCGAAAAGAUCAAGUCCGAGAAUAUGAAUACCGAGUAUUGGAUGCCAGAUUCGCAAUGCAAAGAGUGUUUUGACUGCAACGCCCGUUUCAAGUUCUAUCGAAGGAAGCAUCAUUGCCGUAUAUGUGGUCAAAUCUUUUGUGGCAAAUGUGCUUCGGAUAUCAUCCAGGGGGAACGGAUCGGACAAUCAGGGCAGGUGCGUGUGUGUAAAUUUUGUUACUCAAAAUUGCAGGCACAGGAACGACAGGAAGAGCACGAUGCCAAUACCUUGGAGCAAAAAGAAUCCAAUAACGUGCACCCAAGCAUUGACCCUGAUUCGAUUGUGGGAUUGUCACCCGUGCUUCCCGGACAAAAGCCGCCGUCAGCACCGAAAAUGCAGAUUCCCACGACGACAUUAAAAGCGCACCAAGGAGAGUACGGUGGUCAAAAUUCGACAACGUUUGCUUUGGAAAUCCCGACUGAGGAAUUAUUGCCAUAUGCACUUGCCAACAGUACUGCUGCUGCCAAUAACAUUAAUAUGAGUCAACCACCACCGACACCAACCAUAGCAGCAACAAGUACUGCUGCUCAGCAACAACAACAACAACAACAACAAGACGAGCCAGGGAUGAGUCUCAAGGGCAUCUUUCUCGCCACUAUACGACCCCGGUCUCGGACCAAUACAAUGAACUCAACCACGGUGGAACCUACGCUUGCCAACAUUGAUACAGCUAAAGCAGCAAGCAUUGGCUCCCCUAUACCAUUUCGUCGAAAUUCUCUCAAUGGUCAAUUGAAUGGGUUCCUGGUAGAUGGAGGUGGCGGCACUGUACUUCCAUCCAGUGAAUACGAUAGCGAGGACGAAAGUUCGCGCAAGUGGGACAAGAGUCCGCAAAAUUUGCUCAAUUUCCUUGGUGGUGGCAGCAGCUCGGAUCGGAUAGAUGACAACAAUGGUGCUUUGAUGUCGCCUACUGUACCUGACGAUGAUAUUGUGGUCAGUCAAGAAUCAUCUACGAAACUGAGAAGACGACGUGCAGAAGAUCGAUUGACACGGGAACGAUCUAAUAGCAUGCGUCGACGUCGUAGCCUUACGACCACUCCUUCACGAUCCUUUCGACAACGUACACAUAGCCUUAUGCGCAACACACCUAUUACGACAAUGACACCAUUAUCGGACACGGCAGACGACUCACAGAAUCUAGCGACGCCAAUUGUAGAAGACAGCAACGCAGGAGCAAGUGGUGGCUGCAGUGGGCUCAACGAGGCAUUACUAUUAUGCUCGGAUGACUCUGGAGCUGCCGAAAAUCAAAAUAGCGGCAGUCUUGCGGCAAUGACAAACAACAACAAUGAGCUCAGCAUGGCAUCCAUGGAGCACAUGAGGAAGAUGCUGCGGCAUUUGCUGCAUGAAAACGAGUCAAUCAUUGGCCCAACUCAUUGCGAGGCAUGGGAAGAUGUUUUGAUGAAGCUGUUGCUGCAAGUAUCAGAAAACGUACAUCCCGAUAUUCGUGGCGGCGACGACAUGGACUUGCGACACUAUAUCAAGAUCAAAAAGAUAGCCGGUGGUGCUCCCGAGGACAGCUACUAUGUGAAUGGCGUCGUAUGCUCCAAGAAUGUGGCACACAAACGCAUGAUACGGUCCAUCAAGAACCCACAAAUUCUCAUCCUCCUGUUCCCGCUGGAGUGGUCCCGCGAUUUUUGGGGUGACUGUCAGCUGCAAUCGAUCGACCGGGUACUUGCGCAAGAAAGGGAUUUCUUGGAGAAGCUUGUGAAUCGUAUCGUGGCACUUAAGCCAUCGGUGGUCCUCGUCAGCUCAAACGUAUCUCGAAUUGCGCUUGAACAUUUGGUCAAGACCGAUAUCGUCGUCGCGUACAAUGUUAAACUCAGCAUUCUCGAUGCUGUUGCGCGGUGCACGGGUGCAAGCAUUAUCAACUCUUUCCUGCAGCUCAUGACGGAUGGAUUGACGUUGGGACACUGCGGCGUAUUCGAAACCAAGACGCUCGUUCAUGACUUGAUACCGCAUAGACGCAAGACUUUUCUAAUUUUUGACAAGUGUCCACCUGAGCUUGGGGCUACAAUUAUUAUGCGAGGCGGAAAUGUUGAAACCUUGCGCGUACUCAAGCGUAUCAUGGACUUCAUGGUCUUUGUCGUACACAAUCUCCGGCUCGAGUCAUUUCUACUCAUGGAUUUGGCCAAGGCAAGGAUCACUCUUCACGGACCGCAAACAAAAGAACAACAGAUUGCUGCUGCUGCUGCUGCUGUUGCUAUUACCACUGAGGAAACGCCUGCAUCUUCAGCACAGUCCGUAACUUCCACCGACAAAAGUAGCGAAACAACGAUCAUUGCUGAUGAUAAUAACGACAAAGUGGCGGCGACGACAAGCAGCACCACCACCAAUACAGCUACUGGUGAUGACGCUGAAUUCCUACAAGCCGUCCAGGAUGCUAUUCACCGCUACCAGAACGUAACUCUGUCAGCUUCAUCCAUGGUUGGAUUACCAGCACCCCACUUACUUCUGCGGCUCAGCGAAACACAGAGAAAAAUGAUUGCAUUGAUCGCAGCACGGGCACCUGAAGCACUCAAGAACGCCAACCACGCGCCACCCAAUCGGCUUGCCAACAUGCUUGCUUUUUUUAGAAGCUUUGAUCAGAUCAUGAUGGGCGAUGCAGAGUUCGAGCGUUUGUUGGAGGAACAUCAUCAUCGCUGGCGCGCACUCGAAGCCUAUAUUGGCGACAAUGCAGAUACGCUGUCGCCAUCGUACCAUCAGCAGCUCGUGGUGCUCUACAUGUCCGUUUGCUCGAUCACUGCUGUGCCCUGUCAGGGACCAGAGAUGCGCAUGUUUGAGUAUUAUCGACCCGAGUCGGACCUGACACUGGGGCAAUACAUUGAAGACAUUUCUGCCGAUGCUAACACGCCAUGUCCGUCAAAUAUGUGUGAAUCCACAAUGCUCGAACAUUAUCGGUCGUACGCACAUGGGAACGCCAAAGUCAAUGUUGAUAUAGAGCGUAUUCAAGGCCCAGCACCAAUCAUGACUACGAGCAACAUUUUAAUGUGGAGCUACUGCAAGCAUUGCGAUGCCAACAGCCUGCUAGUGCCCAUGUCCGAAAGCAGUUGGAAAUACUCCUUGGGCAAGUUCCUCGAGCUAUUGUUCCACCAAACAGCCGAGGCAGUCUGUGGUCAAGAAGAAACCUGGUGUCCACACAACCUGUUUCGGGACCACGUCCACUAUUUCUGUAUCAAAGGCAUUGCCGUACGGUUCCAGCAUGAAGCCAUUGAACCGCUCGAAGUGCAUGUGCCACCAAUGCAUCUGUACAUCAACCCAAAGACGCAGAUCGCGCUCAAGGAUUCAGCGCUCGAAUCGACACGAUCAAAAAUUACCCGAUUUUACGAAUCUGUCAUUGAGCGAGACAAAAACUUCUUGCUGGAUAUGGUCCAGCCGGAAGAAGUGGAUGGGUGCAAAGAGCAUUUGCAAGAAAUGUCACGACGAGCCACAGGUGAAAAGAAACAGAUGCUGCAAGCCUUGCAGUCUGUUUAUGCAACCACGGCCCCCACGGAUGCACUCAGCCUCAACAUUGUACGCAUCAAGCUGCAGAUGAAGGUUAUGCAAUGGGAUCUGGAGUAUGCAGAGUUUGUGCGACACUAUGUACGGCCCGAGCGCGAGUUGCGACGCCAUUUCAAGAAAAUGUUCCCUGUCGAAAGUGGUAUUACGAGUGGCGCGGUGGCUAAUUUGGACGUGCGCACCAAACGGACAGCCGAAGCACCCGAUUUGCCUAUUCUCGAUGUUGGAUUGGACGGUCCUAGUGACUGCACUGCAACGACCACGGCUGUCAACGAUAUUGAUAUUUUGCUCAAGUCCCAGCCUAACCUGGGUGAAUCGCCUACGUCAGCAUCGCCAUGGCUAGAAGAAGAAGCUCGACUGGAUCAUAUUUUGGAAGAGAUGAUAAAGGAGAAAUUGUCAAGAAAACAAUCAGGCGACACGGCCAACUCGUUAACAGCACCGUCACAGCAAAGUGGCAAUUCAACUGCGCAAGAUAGCGCUGUGGAUGCAGCGAUAGCGGAUGGCCUGGAUCCGAGUGUGGCACGACGACUCUCGCUCGAAUUGAUGAAAGAUACACCCAAACCAUUGACUAGCUGGACUGAUGAAAAAGAAGAACAGCAACAACAGCAGCAGCAGCAUAAACAGCAAUCCAAAAACGAGCACCAAUCCCAUCAACGCAAACGUGGUAGUAACAACCAUGGACAUAAUCAUACUACUACUAAUACUACUACUGCUGCUAAGCAGCAAGUGCAGCAGAGCCACAAUGUUCAUACUACACAGCAACGCAAAUACUUGGAUGAUUACGAUAUACGGGCACAAAAGCGUCGAGCCAACAACGAGCAAAACAGAACAUCGUUCCCGUCAGGAUUAACGAACCAUGCCGCAAUGCUGCCGUUGCUAUCCACUGCUGCCUAUAAACGAUUCACUGAUAUACUUCCUUACGAUUCAGAGAUUGCAAAGUCACAAAGCUCUCCACCGCUCAUGUCGAAAAUUAAGCGCAAAAACUAUCCAAAGGUGGAUACUACUCGUACUAGGGCGACACCAGCAACACAGCAACAUUCAGGUAGUAAUGGCAAGGAGAGAGAUCGGCAGGAUAAUAAUUGUAGUGACAUAUCUACCGAGAAACGGGAGCUUGCACUCAGUGGGUAUCGUUACGGCUACAAGGGAUCGGCUGAACGAGGAAGUUCAGCUUCAACACAUCGUCUACAUCCUUUACGAUAUUAUCCACGCAACCACAACAACAGCAGCAGUAACAACAAUCGUGGUGCAACAGAUAGCUCAGGAUCAUCCUCAGCCACCUCGCUUCAUCUACAAGACAGCAGUAGCAGCAGCAGUGUCAAUAGGCAUCAACAACAACAACAGCAGAGCAGUAGUAAUUCUACAAGUCGACUUAUACAUCCAUCAACACGCGUGGAUCAUCUUGAACGCAACGUCAAAUUUGCCACUGGUCGUCACCGUCAUCAUCACUUGACACCGUCCGGCAACCGACCACCUUCUUCAGCAGCAGCCCGCGGUGUUCGACAACGCUUACCAAGCAAAUCUUCCAUGGAGGUUUACACAACGAUCCGAGAACUCGUACGCGAAGAAUCAGACGACGAGUUCCAGGCGAGUGACAGUGAUACUACUGAUUGUGAAGACGAAGACGACGACGACGACGACGAUAAUCGCGAUGUUGAUGGUGCUGAUACCACCACCAGCAGCAGCAGCAACAACAACAACAACAGAAAACGCCAAGAUGACGACGAUCGCUAUACUAGCAAGUUGACGUUCUCUUUGACACAUACGGAUGAAUACGAUGAGUCUUGGGGUCGUGAAAUGGUCCCACAUCAGCAACUUGGGCAAAGUGCUAUAUUACAUGAUUCGCCGGUGGAUACCACGGUUCCACACUUGACCUUUGAUGAAUAUGACAAUGCUACUGCUGCUGAUGGUUCUGCUUCCGGUGCUGCUGCCACUAAUGAUAGACCAGCGCUGCAUCAUCAUACGAUAUCCGACUUUAGAGCAAUGAAUCCAGCUCAUGGUCAGCCUAUACCCACCAAACCCAAUGCUAGUAUGAGUAAUCUCGAACCAUCAACGUUGGAACUCUCUACGAGCGGUUCUGAGAGAAACUCUUUUUUGAAAACGAUUACGAACAUGCUUGCCGAAAAGGGUCUUGGUAACCUGUUACCAUUGGAAUAUCCUCUCUCUCCAUUAGAACAUGUGUUCCCAGGCUCCUUGAUCGUGGUUGGCGAAGACGAACCAAGCACGAUUGUAGCAUAUACCCUCAGCUGUGAUGAUUAUACCAACAUGUUGAAAGAAAUCCGGAAAGGAACCCAUACUGACAUUCCAGUUGUGACCGACGAGCAAAGCAUGCAAAAUGAGCAUCAACAGUAUAACGAAAAGGAACCAUCUGCUGCUGGCGCUUCUGCAGAACCAGUUACUGGCAUGUUUAUCGAGCGUACAUUACGUAGCAAGUCGGGUAUACACAUGAAAUAUUAUUUCACUGAUGGAACGACAAAGUUCUUUUGCAAGAUAUUCUUUGUUGAACAAUUCGAUGCACUGAGACGCAACUGCGGAUGUGAGGAGAGUUAUAUUGCAUCCUUGGCAAGCUGUUGUAAAUGGGACUCGUCUGGAGGAAAAUCAGGAUCUGUUUUUCUCAAAACCAAAGACGAUCGAUUGUUGAUAAAGCAGAUAUCCAGAUAUGAGAUGGAUGCCUUUUUACGUUUCGCACCAUCGUAUUUCCAGUACAUGUCUGAAGCUUUCUUCCAUGAGUUACCGACCGUUCUCAGCAAGAUUUUUGGUCUGUAUCGGAUCGGUUUUAAAAACUCGACUACCGGAAAAUCGAUGCGCAUGGAUAUUCUUGUAAUGGAGAACCUGUUUUACGAACGUGCGGUCAAAAAGAUAUUCGACUUGAAGGGAUCCAUGCGCAACCGGCAUGUACAAGCAACCGGUCGUGAAAACGAAGUGCUUCUGGAUGAAAACAUGGUUGAACUCAUGUUUCAAGCACCCUUGUUUCUGCGCUCUCAUUCGAAGGAGAUGCUUCGCGGCUCUCUCCACAACGACACAUUAUUCUUAUCUCGACUUGACGUCAUGGACUAUUCGCUGCUGGUCGGCGUGGAUGAAGAUAACCGUGAACUUAUCGUAGGCAUUGUUGAUUUCAUUCGUACAUUUACCUGGGACAAAAAAUUAGAAAGCUGGGUCAAGGAAUCAGGGAUUCUGGGUGGCGGCGGAAAAGAGCCGACUAUUAUUUCGCCCAAGCAAUAUCGCAUUCGUUUCCGUGAAGCGAUGGAUCGUUAUUUCUUGAUGGUACCUGAUUUCUGGACUGCCAAGCUGGUCCGUCGACAAUAUCAUCAUGAGGACCAUCACACCACAAAUAUGACCUCGAUCACAGAAACCAACAAGCUAAAAUAACGCGAUAUUAAAAUAUCAUAUACCCUUCCCUACCUUGAAACAUAUUUUCUUUUCUAUCAUCGCUAUCCUAAAGUUCGGCAAAGACACAUUUAUAUAGCAACAUGACUUCAUGUAUUGUGUGGCGUUUGCGUUUGAUAAGGGAUUUAAGUCCAUACACGUGCGCAAAUUACAUUGUUUUUCAGUACAAGGCUGGUUGCUUUCUUUAAAGGAUUGUAUUCAUUAUUAAACAGACUACUCUUGGGGUUGGAGGGAGAUAAAAAAAGUAUCUAAAGAGAAGAAAAGAAGAGAAUGGCACAAAUUCACAUCGAAACCAUGCCUAAUAGCCAGGACUGGCUCAAUGUGGUCCAUCUUAUCCUCGGGGGACGACAUGUCUGCCAGAAAU